AUGACUCCUCGGCGGCCUGGACACGACCGGUCCCAGCGACUCCCCAGCGGCACGGAUUCGCCUGGGCCCAUAGACUUGCAGCUCCUCAGGCGAGCGCUCCUCGGAGAUGCAGCCAAGAACCAGGUCGCCAUGAGCCCCGAGCUGAGCGCCUGCGACCAGGUUGCCAUGCGGCCUGGGCUGCCUGCUGGAGUCAAGUUUGAUCCUUCUGAAUUGGAGUUGCUUGAACAUUUGGAACAAAAAGUUGGCCUCGGAGAUUCAAGACCACAUGUGCUCAUUGAUGAAUUCAUUCCAACUAUAGACAAUGAUGAGGGAAUCUUCUAUCUCUUGGCACUUCCAUUCAUGGUAUUAGGAAAAUCCUUUAUGCUAUCUCUCGGUACCUGCAAGCAAUUGUCUUCUGUCUUAUUCUCUAGAAUGUAUAUGGAUGAUGGCUUGGCUGAUAUGUAUGAGCUGUGA